CCCGUCCGGGUCCGCGGCCCGGAGGAGCGCGGGCCGCGCGGGCUCGUGACCACGCGCGACGUGGAGGCCGGGGAGCUCCUGCUGAGGGUGCCCUGCGAGCUGGCGCUGUGCAGCGAUGAUGACCAGGUCCGCGGUUCCGCGGUCGCAGCGCUCUCGGACACGGCGCAGCUGGCGCCGCACGAGCAGUUGUCCUGCUUGCUGCUGGAGAAGAAGGCGCAAGGGCGCGUGGCGCCAGUCUGCAUUGAGGCUUUGCCGAGCGAUUUCUCCCCUGGCCCGGCCUGGCUCUGGACGCCGUCGGAGUUGGACCUGCUGUGCAGCCCGCCGCUCAAGGAGCAGGCCCUGCUGCGCGGUAAGCGCGCGUCCUGGCUGGCUGGCGUCGUGCGCGAGCAUUGGGUGAGCCACGGCUGUGGCCCCAGCGCGCCGAACGAGGACGAAGUCAGGUGGGCGCUCACCGCAAUCACCAGCAGGGCGCAGAGCUUCCUCGGCGAGGGCGGAACGGCUGUGGCAGCGUUGCCUCCGAUUACCGAUUUGAUGAACCACGACCCCAGACCGUCGAAGGUUGCGUUCGUGCUCGCGGAUGGCUCCUAUGUGGUCGUGGCGCGCGAGCGGCAUGCGGCAGGAGACGAGCUUACCUUCAAAUACGGUGACCACCCCGACUCUUACUUGCUGCUGCAGUACGGCUUCCAGCUGCCAGAGUCAAACCUGUUCACAGAGUCGCUCGUAUGUGUGGAGCCAUUGUUGGCAAGGUUCGGCGCCGAUUCGGAAGCCAUGCGCAAAUGCUUGAAUUCGCGCUUGCUGCAGACUGACUAUGGAGGGCAGGUGGCGGCGUGGCAGCCUGUCGGAUCGAACCUGUACUACGCCGUCAGCUCCCUCGUGACCGCCGCCCUCGGCCCUGUCACACAGGAGGAGACGCUGGCGGAGUGGCAGAGAGUGGUUCAGGAGCUCCUCGGGCGCACGCUGGACAGGAUCCCGGAGGGCGACGCGGGCGCGGGCGGAGCUCCCGGCGCAGCCGCGGCGGCCGCGGGCAGCGCGGGCACGGGCGGAUCUCCCACCGCAGCCGCGGCGGCCCAGGGCGGCGCCGGCGCAGGCGGAGCUCCCGGCGCA